AUGCGUUUCUUCAAACUGCAGGCUGUGGCGGCCGUUGCCGCCUGGGCAAUGACCGCUGCGUCCAGGAGCAUCCUCGACGCUCGCGGUGUCGAGCAGGUCAAGGAGCUCGCCAAGCAGCUGUCGGCCAACGCCAAGAUCUACUGGCCCGGCGACCCUGAGUUUGAAAAAGCGACCGUUCGCUGGUCCGCGCUGCAGGCUCCCAAGGUCAACGUCGUUGUCGUUCCGGCGACCGAGCAGGACGUCUCCGUGACGGUGAAAUUUGCCAACAAGAUCAGCGUCCCCUUCCUCGCUUUCAAUGGUGCCCAUGGUUCGAUCACCACCCUCGGCAAGAUGCAGGGCGGCAUCGAGAUUUGGAUGAACCAGCUCAGCAGCGUCAAGAUCUCCAACGACGGCAAGACGGCCACCAUCGGAGGUGGUACCAUGUCUAAGAAGGUGACGGACGAUCUCUGGGCUGCGGGCAAGCAGACGGUCACUGGCACUUGCGAGUGCGUCAGCCUCUUGGGUCCUGCCCUGGGCGGCGGCCACGGAUGGCUCCAGGGUCAUCACGGCCUGGUGGCCGACCAGUUCCAGUCCAUGAACGUUGUGCUCGCCGACGGCACUCUGAAGACCAUCGAUUCCAAGUCGGAUCUCUGGUGGGCCAUGAAGGGCGCUGGUCAUAACUUCGGUAUCGUCACGUCGGUCACGACCAAGCUUUACGAUAUUCAGCACCGCGACUGGGCCAUCGAGACGCUCAUCUUCACGGGCGACAAGGUCGAGGCGGUGUACAAGGCUGCCAACGAGCACCUGCUCAAGAAUGGAACUCAGCCCGUCGAUGUCAUCAACUGGUCUUACUGGCUCAACAACCCGGACGUGGAUAAGGACAAGCCGGUCAUCAUUUUCUACAUCAUUCAGGAAGGCGUCAAGUCGGUUGAUCCUGCUUACACCAAGCCCUUCCAUGACAUCGGCCCCGCUGUCACCGAACCCGCUUCCGGCACGUAUACCGACCUCGCGGCCUGGACGGGCAUCGCCCUCGACUCGCCCCCUUGCCAGAACGUAGGCCUCGCCAACCCGCGCUUCCCUAUCUACCUCGAGACAUACAACGUGGCCGCCCAAAAGAAGGUCUACGACAUUUUCGCCGCGGCAACGCACCAGAACCCCGAGUUUGCCAACUCGCUCUUUAUGUUUGAGGGCUACUCAGAGCAGGGCGUUCGUGCCAUUCCCGAUCAGUCUUCGGCCUUUGCGUUCCGCGGCGACAACCUCCUGGCAGCGCCUCUUAUCACGUACCAGCCCGCAGGGGCGGAUCUGGACCAGAAGGCCAAGACUCUGGGCGAGCAGCUGCGCUCGGUCCUCCAGCAAGCCAGCGGGCGCAAGGACCUGCACACGUACGUGAACUACGCGUACGGCAGCGAGACGAAGCAGCAGUGGUACGGCAGCGACAAAUGGCGCCAGGACAAGCUGAGCGCACUGAAGAAGAAGUACGACCCCAACGGCCGAUUCAGCUUCUAUGCCCCGGUGGCCUAG